CCCCGCCCCCUCGCCGAGGUGAAAGGGCAACCAGGAGGCCGGCUGGCAGCGGCGAUGGCGGCGUCCUUGCGGCAAGUGGUCGCGGGCAGCUGGCGGCGGCGGCCGGAGCGGCACCUGCGUGCGCUGCAGUGUGCAACACACCAUUCAAGAUGGUGCCUUAUAACUUCACGUACAUUCUAUACAGCUGAAUAUGACCCCAAUGAAAAGACAUUUGAGAAACUCCUUAUCGCCAACAGAGGAGAGAUUGCAUGCAGGGUGAUUAAAACAUGCAAGAAGAUGGGCAUUAAAACUGUUGCUAUACAUAGCGAUGUUGAUUCCAGUGCUGUUCAUGUGAAAAUGGCGGAUGAGGCUGUCUGUGUUGGCCCAGCUCCCACCAGCAAAAGCUACCUCAACAUGGAUGCCAUCAUGGAAGCCAUUAAGAAAACCAGGGCCCAAGCUGUCCACCCGGGAUAUGGAUUUCUUUCAGAAAACAAAGAAUUUGCCAGGCGUCUGGCAUCAGAAGGUGUCACCUUUAUUGGACCUGACACACAUGCUAUUCAAGCUAUGGGAGACAAGAUUGAAAGCAAAUUAUUAGCCAAGAAUGCAAAGGUCAACACAAUCCCUGGCUUUGAUGGAGUGGUCAAGGAUGCAGAUGAAGCUGUCAGAAUUGCAAGGGAAAUUGGCUACCCUGUCAUGAUCAAGGCCUCAGCAGGUGGUGGUGGGAAAGGCAUGAGAAUCGCUUGGGAUGAUGAAGAGACCAGGGAAGGCUUUAGAUUUUCAUCUCAAGAAGCUGCUUCAAGUUUUGGUGAUGAUCGACUAUUGAUAGAAAAAUUUAUUGAUAACCCUCGCCACAUAGAAAUCCAGGUUUUGGCAGAUAAGCAUGACAAUGCUUUGUGGCUGAAUGAAAGAGAGUGCUCCAUUCAAAGAAGAAAUCAAAAGGUUGUGGAAGAGGCACCAAGCACUUUUCUGGACCCUGAGACACGAAGAGCAAUGGGAGAACAAGCAGUAGCUCUUGCCAAAGCAGUAAAAUAUUCCUCUGCUGGAACUGUAGAAUUCCUUGUGGACACCAAGAAGAAUUUCUACUUUUUGGAAAUGAACACUAGACUUCAGGUUGAACAUCCCAUCACAGAAUGCAUUACUGGCCUGGACCUAGUCCAAGAAAUGAUCCGUGUUGCUAAGGGUUACCCUCUCAGGCACAAACAAGCUGAUAUUCCCAUCAACGGCUGGGCGGUUGAAUGUCGAGUUUAUGCUGAGGAUCCCUACAAAUCUUUCGGUCUGCCAUCUAUUGGUAGAUUGUCUCAAUACCAAGAACCACUACAUGUGUCCAAUGUACGUGUUGACAGUGGCAUACAAGAAGGAAGUGAUAUUAGCAUUUAUUAUGAUCCCAUGAUUUCAAAACUAAUUACAUAUGGCUCUGAUAGAGCUGAAGCAUUGCAAAGAAUGGAAGAGGCUCUGGACAAUUAUGUAAUUCGAGGUGUGACUCACAAUAUAGCUUUACUGCGAGAAGUGAUAAUCCAUCCACGCUUUGUUCAGGGGGAUGUCAGCACUAAAUUUCUUCCCGAUGUGUAUCCUGAUGGCUUUAAAGGACACAAAUUGACAGAUCUCGAGAAGAGGGAACUACUGGCAAUAGCAACUUCUUUGUAUAUGGCUGAACAACUGAGAUCACAGCAAUUUCUAGGGUCUCCAAGAAUUUCUCUUGCUAAGCUGGAUCUGAACAACUGGGAGCUGUCGGUACAGCUAGGAGAUGGAACUUACUCUGUUACAGUUUCAAACAACGGGUCAACAUUCUCUGUGGAAGUUGAUGGGAUGAAACUAAAUGUGACCAGUGAGUGGAACCUGGCUUCACCCUUAUCGUCUGUCACCAUUGAUGGCACUCAGAGGACUAUACAGUGCCUCUCUCGAGAUGCAGCUGGAAACAUAAGCAUUCAGUUUCUGGGCACAGUGUACAAGUUACGCAUACUGACCAAGCUUGCUGCAGAGUUGAGUAAAUACAUGCCAGAGAAAGCAGUGGAGGAUACAACCAGUAUUUUGAGAUCACCGAUGCCUGGAGCAGUGGUGGCGGUUUCUGUAAAGCCUGGGGACUUGGUCUCAGAAGGGCAGGAGAUUUGUGUAAUUGAAGCUAUGAAAAUGCAGAACAGUAUGAUUGCUGCUAAAACUGGCAAGGUGAAAGCUGUGCACUGUAAAGCUGGUGAGACUGUUGGGGAAGGAGAUCUGCUCAUAGAACUGGAAUGAAACACGCUUCCUUCAUAUCAUCAUACAGUUCAAUUAACUCUUUAUUUAUAUCCAGCAUAUAAAAUGAAGGUAUUAAUACAGAGAAAAGUGUAAAACAGACAUUCCUAUGGAGCAAAUUUUAUACAGUCGUAUUUAUGAGUGACGUUCUCUAUCCAGCAGACAAAUAGUAAGACCGGCAAUGGAUGUCAGAUUUUUAUUUCUAUAAAUAAUUGUACAUAAGAUUUGUAAUUCUCCUGAUUUUCAGUAUCAAAUACAAAUCAAUAAAAAUUGAACAUUUCUGCUUAAAUAAAGCCUCUUUGAAUGUAUUUUAAAGUACAUAAUAUUUAAUGUCAGCCACUGCCAUUUCAAAUGUGCAUGAGGCCCACUGUCCAGAAUAGUUGAUAAAAGUGAAAAAGUAAUCAGUGAGUAAACAGAGCAAUUUCCCCUAAACAAUAACUACUAAGUGUUUGAUUUCUGUUCAGCUGCAUUGUAACUUACAGAAUUUUGAAGCCUCUACCUAGAAAAUGUCUGUAAGUUGGAAAAUGUGGAACAAGUCUACCACCACCAAGACAAAAAAAAUGCAGCAGAUGUUCUAAACCAGGGGUCGGCAACCUUUCAGCAGUGGUGUGCUGAGUCUUCAUGUAUACACUCUAAUUUAAGACUUCGCGUGCCGGUAAUACAUUUUAACAUUUUUUUAGAA